GUGGGUGGGACGGGCUGCCAUGCCCGACCGGCAGCGAGGCUCGCUUUGCGGCGGCGUGACGCCUGAUGCAAUCUGCUUGCCGGGAGGCGCAAUCGCCGGGAGCCGAGCAAAGGGAAAGCAAAAGCGGCAGCGGCGGCUGGCCUUCCUCGCCGGCCCCCCUUGGCAAGGAGCAGCGAUGUCUGCGGUGAUCAUCGAGAAGGCCGGGCAGCUGGCGCUGGGAGAGGUCUAUGUCUCUGAUCGAGAAGGACGUGAUGAUACAGGAGACGGCACACAGGAGAAGCCUUUCAAAACUGUCUUGCAGGCUUUUAUAGCUGCUGGAAAGGAACCAUUUCCCACCAUCUAUGUGGACUCACAAAAAGAAAACCAGAGAUGGGAAACAAUUUCCAAGACUCAGUUCAAGAACGUCAGGAAAUUGUGGCAGAGGGAGCAACAGAAAAGCGAAGCCAGAGAAAAGAAGGAGGCAGAAGACCUGUUGCGCCGUGAAAAGAACUUGGAGGAAGCUAAGAAGAUUGUCAUUAAAGAAGAUCCUAAUCUCCCAGCAGCCAAAUGUGUGAAAAUCCGUGCCCUUGCAGACCACAGAGGAGAGAGAGUAAAGGUUUUUGGCUGGGUUCACAGACUGCGUAGACAAGGGAAAAACUUGAUGUUUAUUGUGUUACGGGAUGGCACAGGCUUCCUUCAGUGUGUUUUGUCUGAUGAGCUGUGUCAGUGUUACAACAGCAUGAUCCUCUCCACGGAGAGCACCGUUGCCGUCUACGGAACCCUCAGCCUUGUUCCUGAAGGCAAGCAGGCUCCUGGCGGCCACGAGCUGAGUUGUGACUACUGGGAGCUCGUUGGCCUGGCUCCCGCUGGGGGAGCCGAUAACCUGGUCAACGAAGAGUCGGACGUGGACGUGCAGCUGAACAACCGGCACAUGAUGAUCCGAGGGGAGACCCUGAGCAGAAUCCUCAAGGUGCGCUCUGCUGUCAUGCAGUGCUUCAGGGAUCACUUCUUUGACCGAGGCUACUACGAAGUCACCCCACCCACACUGGUUCAGACACAGGUAGAAGGGGGCUCCACUCUGUUCAAAAUGGACUAUUUUGGUGAAGAAGCCUACUUGACCCAGUCGUCGCAGCUGUACCUGGAGACCUGUAUCCCGGCACUGGGAGACACCUUUUGCAUUGCGCAGUCCUACCGCGCUGAACAGUCUCGGACACGCAGGCACCUGGCUGAAUACACACACAUUGAAGCUGAGUGUCCUUUCAUAUCCUAUGAAGACCUGUUGAACCGUUUGGAGGAUCUUGUCUGUGAUGUAGUGGACCGAGUCCUGAAAUCACCUUUCUCGGAAUUUCUGUAUGAGCUCAACCCAAACUUUGAGCCUCCCAAGCGACCCUUCAGGCGAAUGAACUAUACAGAUGCUCUUGUGUGGCUGAAGGAACACAAUGUGAAGAAGGAGGACAACACCUAUUAUGAAUUUGGAGAUGAUAUUCCAGAGGCUCCAGAGAGACAGAUGACGGAUGCCAUUAAUGAGCCGAUCUUGCUGUGUCGAUUUCCUGCUGAGAUAAAGUCCUUCUACAUGCAGCGCUGCCCGGAGGAUUCCCGCCUUACUGAAUCUGUUGACGUGUUGAUGCCCAAUGUCGGCGAGAUUGUUGGAGGCUCGAUGCGUAUUUGGGACAGCAAAGAGCUGCUGGAAGGGUACAAGAGAGAGGGCAUCGAUUCCACGCCAUAUUAUUGGUAUACAGACCAGCGUAAAUAUGGCACCUGCCCUCAUGGUGGAUACGGCUUGGGUUUAGAAAGAUUCCUCACCUGGAUUCUGAACAGGCACCAUAUCCGGGAUGUGUGCCUCUAUCCACGCUUUGUCCAGCGCUGCAAACCGUAAUCCAGAUCUCCAAGUGGACAAAGUCCAGCCAAAUUAGAGCAGAAUCCUUCUCUUAUUCUCAAAGAGCAUAUUUCCUCAUCCUGCAUCUACCUGCAAACAAAAUCAAAUGUUAAAAUCUAUUUUUCAUAUGCAAGUGUAAUCGCUUUGAAUUUCAGUUUAAACGGCAGUCCCCUGAUUUCAGAAACUUCGCUUUCCCUUGGUCAGCCCCUUUCUACCUUCAUCGUUUACGUUGAUGGAUAUUGACUUGCUGCUAUUACUGCAGUAUGCAAUGGUUAAGAGGUCAUUUUUGACACAGGUCCAUAAAAUAAUUGGGGAACAUGAUAACUUCCAAAAGGAGCUGAAUUUGGGGAUUGGCAUUGGCAUUUGUGGAAAGAACUACUAAAAGGGGUUAUUAACCAGGUAAGGUUUUUUUAUUAUUUUGGCAAAACUCAAGUUCCUUAACAAGUGCAGGCACUAUGAACUUGAAUGAUAAAAAUAGCACAGUGUGAAGGAACAAUCGAUAGGAUUUUUUUUUCUGGUUUGGGUUCUUAGACACGAAUGGGCAAAAAGGGAAUCUAAUGAAUAUUUAAAUCUGUCUUAAAGAUGUAUUAGCAAAAUGUUCCCCUGAAGUUGCUAUAACUCUGAGCUUUGGCACCCUAGAUUUUUAUUUUCAGUGCUGUGUGAAACUGCUGUAAGAUUAAAAGAUGUGUCCGUUAGUUAAAGAUAGAAAAAAAAAAAACCAUUUGUGACACACUUACUUGGGAUCAUUCAUCUUAUGUAAGGGGCAGCCGUAUCUGAGAUAAUAGUGAAAAUCAACCUUAAGCCAUAGAACUCGUUCGGAGGGGGUUGUAUUGCUAUCUGCCAGUGUAUUUGCACUGGAUAUAGAUCUUAAAAUUUGUACUCUUUGAUCACUUGACUUCUUGCAUGUCUAUGGUCCAGGCCCCAAGUUCUUUCAAAAGUUCUUUCUUAAUGAGAAGCUUUCUAUUCUCCUUGGUCAUCUUGCUUUUCAACACAACUCCAUGAUUAUUUUUUUAAAUCAAACCAAACCUGAGGUAGCUUCUCCACAAAGGAUCCUGGGAAUUGCGGUCACAAUUCUUUGUUCCUUCUUGUUCACCCACUGAAUUAGAAUUUUCUGGGUUUUGUGGGAAAGGGAAGCUGGCUGAAAUUUAUGGGCACGUCUUUACUUAUGUGUGGUCAGUACAGAACUAAGUUGGUGGACCUCUGUUGCUUUCUGCUUGUUGUUUCCCUAACGAUACAUGGCAAGUCUUGCUGAAAGUUGGUUUUCUGCCAUCAGAAUAGCUGACUGGAACAAGGUGCAAAAGCAACAAAAACAUGGGAUUUUCUGGAUUCCUGCCUUGGGACUUGUGUCAGGGUGGCUUUCCCUUACCUGUACUUAUUUAUGUUUUAAAUUUUUGGAUUAAUUGUCCUGCAUGCCCCCAUUUCAGAUCUGGCAAUCAAUAAAUUCAUAACACUGGAGGAAAGAAUGAA